AUGGUAUUUACGAAUUGCACUUGCUUCAGCGAGGAUCCUGAGAAGAUGUUAUCAAACCUGAAAUGUGGUUUGAGUAAGAGUGUGAAAAGGCCCUCCUUCAACAUCGAAUUGCAAUUUCAAAAGCCCGUGACCAGGUUUUUUGUCAAUAUGCGAAUUGUUUUACCCCGACGCUUCGGCGGCGAUUUCACUUUGUUCAAUCUCUCUGGAAUCGAUGGAUGUAGUUUGCUGUCGAACAAAAACCAGAUCUCCUUUAUCCAACUAGGCCGUCAGCACAUGGAUCGCUUUAGUAAUAUACCCAAGCGAUGUCCUUGGCCCAAGGAUGUGACCUACUAUAUCCGCGGAUUCCGUUCGGAUAUGGCCGCCAUGCCGGCCUUCAAUUUUGAGUCGGACAUGAAUCUCUGGUUCGAUCUGGUGGUGAAUCAACACAAGCUGAUCCGCGGAUUCAUCCAGAGCAGGGUGCAGCGCCGAAAGAGCCACAAAACCGGUGCUGGCGAGGACUAA